AUGGGUCUGCUACCUCCGUGCCCCCCAAUAAUGCUGCUACUCUUGCUGCUGCUGCUGCUGGGACCUGGCCCCGGACCCAGCGUGGCAUCUAAGAGGUCACAUGUGCACCGGCGUGGGAUCCUGGAACUGGCAGGGACUUUGAACUGUGUCGGCACCCGAACCCCCAUGGCCUACAUGAACUACGGCUGCUACUGUGGCCUGGGUGGCCAUGGCCAGCCCCAGGAUGCCAUCGACUGGUGCUGCUACCACCAUGACUGCUGCUACACUCGCGCAGAGGAGGCUGGCUGCAGUCCCAAGUUGGAGCGCUACUCCUGGCAGUGUGACAACCAGCGCAUCCUGUGUGGAUCCGCGGAUGAUGAAUGCCAGAAGCUCCUGUGUAAGUGUGACAAGGAGAUUGCUUACUGCCUAGCCGGUACCAAGUACAACUUUAAGUACCUCUUCUACCCCCAGUCUUUAUGUGAGAAGGACUCACCCAAGUGUGACUGA